CAAACGUUAGCUAGAUCGACACUGAAUCAGAUAAUUUAAUUUGAUAGACCUAAAUACGUGUGAGCACGUAAUAACAUUUUAACGAUAACGAGACACAUUACGAAAGUCAAACCGAUAACGAAUGUGAAUAUUUGCUAUGCGCCUACAGUGUCUGUCGUCAACACAACAUGAAGACAGUGCUACAAACAUUCACGUGUUUAAUUAAGUGUUAAAAAUUUAAUUUAAAUUAAAGGUCAAUAAUCUCUGUAGGAACCACAAAUUAAAAUUGUUGUGUUCGAGUGAUAAAAAAAUGUGCAUUGUUUGUGAACUGACGUUAAAUUCGAAACUUACGUAAUAUUUAGUAAAAAAAAUAUUGUUUCGAGAAAUGUGAUUGGUGAUUUCGAAUUCUAAAAUGUCGAGAAUUGAAACGAAUAAAGUUCCCCCUGAUGGGGGCUAUGGAUGGAUUGUGACCAUAGCUUACGCUAUGAACAAUGUUGUUGUACUUCCCUUAAUCGCCGGGUUUGCUCUGGUGUUGAAUGACACUGAUCUGACAGCCACACAGGUCACAUUCGUCAUCGUAUUAAACCACAGCAUUGGUAUGCUCCUGUCAUUUUUUGGUGGACCCAUGCUAAGUCGUUUUGGGUACAGAAAGGUUGCCGUGUUGGGCGCCAUUUGUAUAUCAGCUGGUCUAAUGAUUAUGUCAGCUGCAACUGAAUUCUGGCAAUUUAUAUUAUCAUACAGUAUUAUUUGUUCAACGGGCGUAGCUGCUAUCAUGGCGGCGUUUACAUUAGCAAUUAAUUCAUUUUUCAAAGAGAAGAGAGGAAGAGCCGUUGGUGUUGGCAUGUCAAUAACAGGAUUAGGUUCUAUAUACAUGCCUUUACUAAUGAGUACAUUAAUGUACGCCUAUGGAUGGAGAUACGCAGUAUUAAUUUUAAGCGCAAUUUGCCUCCAUUCACUAGUAGCAGCUUGUUUACUUAGACCCGCUAAGUGGUACUUAAGAGAUCCACCCACAUCAGAAGAAGCAGUGCCUCUUAACAAGGAACCGGAAGUGGAACUCGUUAAUGGCAGUGUAACGCCAUCAUCUAAAACUGUUGGCAUUGCAUCAUUUCCACAAUUAGUUGAUGAAUCUGGAGAAAAUGGUGUGCUUCCGUCCAAGAGUCUCUCAAUGCGAUCACUCACGAGUAGUUCUAGUCUUCAAACCAGAAACGCGAUAUCACAUCCUGAUAUUCGUAACAAAUUGCCUGAUGCUCCGUUGUCGGAAUCACGAUACAAAUGGUGGGAGUCUCAAGAAAUAAAUCUGAGUAGUUCCAUAAAUAUAUUUAAUGAAACAGAAAACUCGAAAGCAGUUAAUGUUCGUGAAAAAGAAGUUGUUAAAGAGAAGGAACAUAAAGGAUACUUACAGCAUUUCAUUCAGUUUUUCGACUUGACGCUUUUGAGCGAUCCUAUAUUUGUGAAUAUUAUAUUUGGUCUAUCAGUAGCUGCUUGUGUUGAGACCAACUUUUCUCUUUUGCUGCCCAUCAUUCUUAAAGACAUGAUGAAGUUUGAAACAAGCGACAUAGCUAAGCUGAUGUCCGUGAUUGGGUUCUCAGACACGCUGUUCCGAUUCGUUUCCCCAUUUAUCGGAGAAUGGUGCAACAAGUCACCGCGUGUCAUGUACAUGGUCAGUUUACUUAUGAUUAUCUUCACAAGAACCAUGAUGCUGUUUACAACAUCCUUCAUGGGCAUGUUGUUCGUAUCUCUGGCUCUUGGCAUCACGAAGGCCCUGAGAACAGUGUAUGUCAACAUUGUGAUACCGAACUAUGUACCCAUACACAGACUGGCUUUCGCUUCCGGAAUCCAAAUGUUCUUCAGUGGCAUCACGAUUUUCACAAUCGGAUCCUUAUUGACUCGAGUGCGCGAGUCCUCUGGUUCCUACAUCAUGCCAAUCAUAGUACUAAACUUCGUUACUCUACUAACUAUUAUUUCUUGGAGUGCUGAAUUUCUAUACUUCAGAUAUUUUAGAAACACAUCGAAAUCUGAACCAGAGCCCGUCACAUAAUAGUUUGAAUAUCUUUUUAA